GCAGAUGCGCCGUCUCCAUUUUUGUACGGCCGAGCUGGCCGGCAGUCCGAUUAAGAUAAAAUGUAGCCCUCCUUGCGAGCUCUUAUCUGAGACAACGCCGAAAAAGCCCAAGAUGUUGCUGUCGAAACGCGAUAGUGAAGCAGAAUGGACUCGUUGGCCGAGGUCACUUGGAGCCGUUGCCGGACCCAACGAUGUUCCUCUUCUGAAGCAAAAAACGAGCACCGAAAGCUUUCGUCGUGACUGCAGCGAAAUGUCUACGGCAGCCAAGUCCGAAGGAGUCGACGAUCAAGACAAGCUUGGAGUAACAUCGCCGUUCUACAAGGAAGUAGAUGGUAUCUACAUCAGCUCAUUCUUCAAAGAGGACAACCUCCGAUCGGCGUUCGCUUACAAACCACGGCCGGACGACGUCUUCGUCGCUUCCUACCCAAAGUGCGGCACCACCUGGAUGCAGUGCAUCGUCCACUGCAUCCUCAACGAUGCCGUGCUACCAGACAACUCCAUAGAUUUUAUGCUGGCGUCGCCUUUCAUCGACUUUACCGGCGCCGAAGGUCCGGAUAGAAUGUCUCGACCGGGGGCCAUCAAGACGCACCUCCCUUUCGACAAGGUACCGUACUCUCCUCAGGCAAAGUACAUCUACGUCACCAGGAAUCCUUACGACUGUUGCGUCUCGUACUACCAUCAUAUACUGAGUACACCUCUCAAUCGGCCCGAAGACAGGGACUUCGGACGGUUCCUCGAAAGAUUCAUGAGGGGUCGGGUAAAUUGGGGGGACUACUUUUACCACCUACUCUCCUGGUACGACCAUAGACACGACCCCAACGUCUUGUUCGUGACUUUCGAAGAGCUCAAGAGGGACACGUCUUCGGGGAUUCUCAAGGUCGCCGACUUCCUCGGAAAGUAUUACGGUUGUAAGUUGAGGCAGGAUGAAGCUCUGCUUCGGAGGAUACUCGAGGUAGUCGAGGUGCGGGAGAUGAGGAAGAUAUUUAAUGAUGACAUGUUAGGCAUGAUGUCACGGUUUUUGUCGCUGCCCCCCGAGAAGGCUCUACGCUCGCUUGAGGUUUGCAAGGCUCCGCUUGAUGCAGUUCAAGACGAGCGGAAGAAGGAAGAGUUUAUUCGAAAGGGCGUCGUCGGCGAUUACAAGCUUCACUUCACGACUGAUCAGGCAAGCAGAAUGAAGGACUGGAUCACUACUAAGACAAAGAAUAGUGACGUCAUGCUGUUGUGGAAAGAUAUUGACCUUCCGUGAUUGCGUUUUCAGCUAGGUACCCAGAGACAUUUAAGUCUGCGGGUACCUUUAAGUGCUUCAUUUCCAAACAUGGUGUCUGUACAGCGUGUGAUAUAGCUCAAAGGCGUAUCGGUCUGUGUUCAUUCAAUUGAUCUGCAUUUACUAUAAAAACAAAAUUAAGCGUUAUCUUGAUUCCUGUAGUGCUCUUUAGACGACGCGCACUCACUACAUUAAAACUGUAUGAAGUUAAUGUGUCUAAUACGCAUGACAUAACGAACGUUGGUGACGUAACACAAGUGUUUAUUUCAUAUAUACGAAUAAAGCAUAAAGCGAGCAUA